AGCAGAUUCCAAGUCAGGAUACAAUUGUGUUUUCUAUCUCCUCCAAGAAUUUUAGAGAUGUAAAAUGUGAGAACCAUUCACUCAAACUACAUUAAGCGCGAAAGAUUUCUAUUGAUUGGAAAAGAACAAAAGAGAAAUGGAGAACAGGAGUAGUGGUAAUAAGCCUUCAAUGCAACAACCUGAGGAAAUCAAACCACUUAUGAAAGUGAAAACAUCCGGUUUAUCUCCUUCCUCAUCACCUCUUUCAUCUCCUACUUCAUCCGAGUCAUCACUAGAACUAAGUAAUAGUCGAAAGGACCCUCUUGGAGACGCGGAUGCUUCUUUAUCAGCAUCUUCAUCUUCUCCUGAUCAUGUUCCUAAUCAUACAUCACAAUGGAGCAUGAUAAGUGCAUCUCCGCGUGGUGAAGAAGCUCCACAAUUUCCUGAUUUUUUCCCUCAGACUCCUGAAUGGAAUGGAGUCAACCCUGUACCAAUGAAAUCUCCUCCAAUGCAUACCAUGGGUCAUCCUCCGGGUUAUGAUCCUAAUCGGAUUCCAUCAUCUAUAUUUUCAAGCAAGCCUAAUAACAGUGGUAUGGAAUGGAGUACUGCUUCAAAUGAGUCGUUGUUUAGUAUUCAUAUGGGAAAUAACAGCUUCUCUAGAGAUCAAUUCAACAUGAUGUACCGAUCUGGUGAACUUAUAAAGCCGGAGGAAUGGAGUAAUUCUCCAUAUAAUGCACCUGAUGUUAAAUCCAAUGAAAAGAAAAACUUGCCUCCUAACCUUCCUCCUCUUGUCGAAGUGGCAACAGAUAAAGAGGUAAAGAGUGAAACUAAAAUGGAGAGUCCCCGUAUGCAAGAAAAGAUUAUCGAAUCUCCCAAAAUAGUCCCAGAGGAGAAUUAUGAAAACAACAUCAAAGAGAAGAAGACAUCUAAUGUCUAUGAAGUUCAACAUUCUCCUUCAGCGUUCAACAAGUCAGAUGAAUUUCUACAUUCUGCCUCAACGCUCAACAAGUCAGAUGGUAAAGUCGUUCCCCAGUUUGAGGCAAGUUACGCUUCCUCGCCUCGCCUUUCCAAUGAGAGUGGAAAUAGCAGCAGUUCCUUUGCUUUUCCAGUAUUACUAAACGAUGCUGGGAAAACUGGCUCACUCAAAGCUCCCUCUGCGAAAAUGGAGAGACCUCAACCUCAACAUCAGCAUCAACCAGAUUCACAACCAGAUCAAAUGCAGCAACAAUCACAGUCAUACUCGAAGCCAGAGUCAAAACCACCAGAGUCACAGCCUAAACUGGGAGUGACCACUUGGUUUUCUUGUUUCUCUUGCUGGCCUCGAUGUUGUUAACAUAGGCUUCUUCAUCCUUGUCCAUUGUAUGGUUGUACACAAGAAAUACUAAUUCAUUUGGUCUUGAUCAAGGAGGACUCCUAGAAGUUAGAACGCUUGUCUUCACCGUAAAUUGUAAAUUUUCUUUUGCCAUGUCAAAUACAUGAGAGGGCAUUCGGUGUUACAUAUAUUACACGGGUGAAUAACAAAUGAAAUAGUCUUUCAAUAAGUUUAGCACAAAUAAUUUUGGGUUAGGCAUAUGUCGCAAUUGAACCCUGC